ACAUUUUACCGCUGACAAGUAACUAGACGAUAAUGCACUAGUAUUUACGUUUUUUAGGUAUUAAAUUCGCAAUGUUGGCAACGGUCAACAGCGACACCUUCCCCUAAAAGUGACAAAUUUUACAGUAGAAUUGUUGUGUUGAUUUCCUGUUACUACCUACGAAUGGACCCGCUGCUUGCUGAAUAUCCGAAUCUUGUAAAUUGUGAAUACCCGUUCUUCGUGAAAUGUGCGAGGCCGGAGAAUAAAACCGAUGCAUAUUUGGCAUUUUUGCGAACCUGUCAUUCCUCGUCAUUAAUUCUCAGUGUGGAAAAUUAUACUUCUGUUACAAAUAAGCCAUAUUGUCGGUGGCGCGUUUGUUAUACACUUACGAGUAAUGCAGGACUUCCGCGAGGAAAAUCAAGGAAAGAACAUUUUAAAAAAUUAUGUGGUGCCAAACCAAUUAAUACAAUAAUUUUGAAUAAAUAUAACAGUGAUCAAAAUGUUACGGUUGUUGAAUAUGGGGUUGAAGCUGGAUGCAAUUGUCCGAAACAGAACUUUUGUUGGACGAUGGAAACCCCCACGAAGCCCGAGGACCUCGCCCAAUUACUGAGCAAUGUGAAACUCGAAGAAAAUCCACAGAAUUGAAAAUGUGUUCAUAGCAAUUUGUUUUUUUUUUUAAUAAAUCUAAUUCUCUAUAUA